AAUCCGAUCCGAAUUUAUGCGACGAAGUGCCAAGAACUGAAGAACACGAGGACCGACGGGAGGAGAGGGCGAACGAGGAAAGGCGACAAUAGGGCGGACGAUGGAAACUUGUGAGAGGGAUUUGAUCGAAGGGAUCGAAUCCAUGGAGGUUGACGAGCGAAGAACGCGCUCGGCCAGGAUCGUCGACCUACUUCGGAGUUUCCUCGGCGUCCAACAGAGGAGGGCCGAAGCUUAUGCCAAGCUUCGAAGUGGUUUUAUGGAUUAUCUGAGCAAUGGAGGAGAGUUGGCCUUCCAGCAGCUCUGCAAGGAGAUAACAGUGGAGUUCAAUGAUUGUUCAAAACAAGUUCUUGAAAUGGAAUCAUUACUUAAGAUGCCAGAUCUAAACCGUGAGGAUCUUGCUGCUCUUCUGAAAGCUGUCCAGGCUCAGGAAAAACAGAAACUGCAUUUUACUGCAAGGAUACAGAUAUUAAAGAAGGCAGGUCGACCAUCUGAACGGCUGGUGAGCCAUGAGAAUUGCAGGUACCAGAGUUCAACCCAACACGAAUGUGUUCAUCUCCAGGAGAUCACUGAAGCUGCUGGAACUGAAGACGCAGAAGCUGAUGCCGCAUAUGACGGUGCACUCAAGGAGGCCAUCUGCGGCAUGCAGGAUACAGUGACAACCAUUAACGAACACUUGGAGGAGGUGCGCUACGAGAUUGAGGCACUUGAAUCAGAAUAGCCACUGACCUCAACGCACAGAUGACUAGUCCUUCGGUAGAACAAAAUUCCAGUUGCCUUCAGUCUUCUUUUAGCGUUGCUUUCUCUUCCCAAAAUAGCAACAGAUACAAGUAAUGUUCAAGUCAGAAAAUGGUCGCUUCUAUUGAUAAUGUGAAGUCGUAGAUGGAAAAAAAAUAUUAUUCUUGAUAAUUUUUUUGCAUGUGCCGGACACUGGAGAUCUGAUUCUCCUUUUUUUGGUGCUUCCUUAAAUCCUUCAGUUCAUUCUUCUGCUUCA